AUGUGUAGUUCUGGGAGUUUGUCCUCUGUGCGACUUCUUGUAUUGGCAGCUAGAGUGAUGAGCCUAGAGAACAUUACAGAUGAAGAUGCAAUGGAGAUGGAACAAAAGGAACACUUGGGGCUUUUUGAUGCUUUGGGUUCACUUCUAGAGGACCCCACUUGGCCCCAAAUGCACCCAAAGCCAUGUACUGACACUCCUUGGCCUGGUAUUGAGUGUGAGAUUGAGCGAGACCCUCCAAUCUUUCAUGUCACAAGAAUUCACAUUGGUCCUGACAUUCUCACCCCACCUUGCAAAACUUCUGCUAAGCUCUCACAAUCUUUGCUCAAGUUACCUUACCUCAAAACCCUCUCUUUGUUCAGCUGUUUCACAUCAUCACCAGUCUCUCUAUCUCCAUUUCUCUUUGGUUCUGCAUUCUCUUCCUUAGAGCACCUAUCCCUUGGGUCUAAUCCAAGCCUUUCGGGAGAUAUUCCACCAAGUAUAGCAGAGAUUGUAAGCUUAAGGGUUCUUUGUCUGUCACAAAACAGUCUACAAGGGGAAAUCCCAAAGGAGAUUAAUGGGUUGUUCAAUUUGGAGGAACUUGACCUCAGUUACAACUUCUUUAGUGGCUCAAUCCCUCAAGAGAUUGGAGGGAUGAAAAGUUUGACCAUUUUGAAUCUCAGCUGGAAUAGUCUGAAAGGUGAGGUGCCUUGUUCAUUGGGUCAGCUUCAGCUUCUCCAAAAGAUUGACUUGAGCUCAAACAAGCUCCAAGGAAGAAUACCAUCUGAUUUAGGGCACUUGAAGAGCUUGGUUUUAUUGGAUUUGAGUCAUAACACUUUGAGUGGGCCAAUCCCCGAAACCCUAUCAGGUUUGGAGCAAUUACAGUACUUGAUGCUUGAAGACAACUCUAUAAAUACAGGGAUACCCAUAUUUAUUGGGGCACUGAUGGGGCUCAAUGUGUUGAGUUUAUCUAGAUGUGGGCUAGUAGGUCCUAUACCCACCUCAUUUUUCAACUUGAAAAACCUUACUGCACUUUCAUUGGAUAACAACAGUCUCAAUGGGACAGUUUCUCCUAAUUUAGGAACACUCCCAAAUCUUGAUCAACUAAAUUUGAGCCACAAUCAGUUCAGUGGAGAGCUGCAACUCCCAGAAGAGUUCAUUGAGAAGCCUGGGAAGAGGUUAGAUGUGAGAGGAAACAAUGGGCUCUGCAAAAAGCACCAGAUAUACAGUAACAAGAAAAGUUCAUUCUCUCUCCCAGCUGAUGACUCCAAGAAAAUGAAGCCAGUUUGGUACGAGGGUGACAUGAGUUCAAGCUCGCCAAAGUUUGAUCAAAAGUUCGUCUUUCCUUGUUUGUUUUUCCUAGUUUUGUUUGCUUGA